AUGGCACUGAAGGAGAAGCUGUCGAAGAAUGCGUACUUCUUUUACUACUUCAUCCUGAUGCAAGGCAUCGGGUCUGCGAUAAUAUCCGGCGGUAUCGAGUUUGCCAUAGCCUACGGGAUGUACCACGGUCGCAGGCGUGUGAAAAUGUGGCGGUUCCCGCACACUAUGGCGGGCGACUUGGUCGUCUCGCUGUGGGUGCAAGUCGGGCUCACGUGGGUGCUGGAGGAGAUAUUCAUCGGGUGGGAUUUCUGUUGUGGGUCCGCGUGCGAGUUCCCACACAUGGAUGCUAUUUGUAACUACGUCAAGAAGAAGAAGGCUUUGUACUGGUACUGCGAGGUGGAGUACGGGAUGCUCCCCAGGGAGAGGGGGCCUCAGGGGUUUAAACAGUACUUGAAGGAUUUGUUUCUUCCGGAGAGGAACAUGUCUAGGGGGCACACAAAGAAAUAUAAGCUGUGGCUCUGGUUGGUGCGCAAAGCGAUGCGCUGCCUUUCGUGGGGGUUACUCCUGUUUAUAUUUUUCUGGCCCACCACAUUGGGGAUCAUGGUUGCCCCAGGAACGAAAUAUGGGAGACACGAUUACUCGUACAACUCGUACCCGUUCCCACAAGUGAUGAAACUGAUCUUUGGGUUCGUGCUGGGGCUGAUCUGCACACCGUUCACAGUAGCAGUGGUGAUCAUUAGAAACGAGACGUAUACGAGGAUGGUCGACAGCGGCGAGUUGGAGGAAGAAUGGCCCUCAGAAGCUGGGUUCGAGGGAAGCCCAGAGGAACGCAAACAAGAUCAACUCUUGAUGCCUAGUGAGUCCGCUAGCGUCGAAAGUAAGUGCUAA